GACACUGCCCUAAUUCACACACCACAUCUAAGAUCACGACUUUGAUCCAGCUGAACUGGAAUUGAGAUUUGUUAGGCGAUUAAAAAUGGCAAGUGAAGAAGCAAAGGAUCCAUGGAAAGGAGAAGAGUGGGGGAUUGAGAAUGAGAAGACGAAGAAGCCAACAAGUGGUGGUGGUGGUGUGAAAACGGUGACGAGAGCGAGAAAACAAACGCCGAGGGGACUUGAAGAGAAAUACGAAGCUUACUUCCUACCGCGAAAGCCAUGGCCGAGGGCUCUUGCUUACUAUGGAAGUUUUAUCCUUGGUGGGAUUGGUGCUGGUAUGGUUAUUGAAGCUUGGAUCAACAAAAAAGUCAAAGAAGAUGGAGGAGUCAUUUGGGAAUUCGACAAGUGAACUGCUCCAUAUGGGUUUAUCUGAUGAUAAAUAAGAAUCUAAGGAACAGCGAGAGUUUGUUUACUUACUCUCAACACAAAUCCCUAGAUUGGAUCAUUUUGUUUGUUCUAGAAUUCAGAAUUUGAAGGGGUUUCGUUGAACUCAACGGUAAACUUUAUAAAAUCUUGUUGAACCCAUAAUGCAUUGAAGAUGUUCGACGAAA